CAGCAGUUUGUUUACAACCUUUACUCUGUACUUUGAUAGUCGAGUGUGCUCCGCGUUUAAAGAGUGUCACAACAUUUCAUAGUACGCGUAGUAGCGUUUAAAGUGUGUAACAACAUUUCAUAGUACGCGUAGUAGCGUUUAAAGUGUGUCACAACAUUUCAUAGUGGGUGUAGAAGCGUUUGACCAAUUUGGGAGACUCACGACACUCGUUGAUACCGGCGAUUCAAAUUAAGAGACCAUCUUGCAAUAGAUACAGAUAAAAAUCACAUAAUAAUCACGAUGGCAGGCCAGCUCGGAGAUUCAGACAAGACACAACUAGAACAGUGGAUUGGUCAAGGACCAAGGCAUUUUACCCUUCUGUACAGUGCGACCAGGGAUGGCUGUACAAAUCUCAAGUUCCACGAGAAAUGCGACUACCAGGGCCCCACAGUCACCGUGGUGUACAAUGAGCAUGGAUCCGUGUUCGGUGGCUAUACGUCCGCAAGCUGGGCAAGUUACGGUGGGCAUACACGAGAUGACAAGGCCUUCUUGUUCCAACUGAAGUUCUACGAUGAAGAUACAUUUCGAAAAUUUCCCGUUUCAAAUUCCACAUACAGCAUUUAUUCACAUUCAAGUUAUGGACCCUAUUUUGGUGGGAAUAGUGGGCAUGAUAUGCACCUUUUCUCCGGUGCUAUCAUUAGCAGCGGCGGGUUUUUUCAGCUGAACGGCGGUUUUUCCUUUGGUACCAACUACACUAUGACUGGGGUAUCAGACUGGGACGAUAUACACGACGGGAGUCUGAAAGUUAAAGAACUUGAAGUAUACAGUGUAGCAGUAAAGCACGUUGAACCGGUAACUUCUGAGCCAACGUUACAACAAUGGAGGAAAAUGCCAGAAUGGAAUAGCAAGCUAGCUCGGGAACUGGUACAAGAAGUGAAAUCCAUAAAACCGAGUCCGGGACUCCAUUUACAAGACUAUCGCAUCUUGCUGAUUGGUCCAGUCGGCUCCGGAAAAUCCAGUUUCUGUAACACGGUCAAUUCAGUUUUCAGAGGACGAAUGACACAAAGAGCAAUCAGUGGGGGUGGAUCGCAUAGUAUCACAACUUCGUAUCAACCAUACUUAAUAAACCCCAAAGGUGACACAACGCUACACAUGCGGCUGUGUGAUACGCGAGGACUAGAACCAAACUUAGGGAUUGACACAAUGGAGUUUAAUUAUCUUCUAAGUGGGCAUAUUCCGGAAAAAUACGAGUUCAAUGCUGAGAAAGCCAUUUCAAUUGACGACCCAUUGUUUGUGAUGAAGCCAACUAUUAAAGACAAGCCACACUGUGUGGUGUUUGUUUUGGAUGCCACUACAGUUCAAAAGUUAGAUUCGCAAAUCCUGGAGAAAAUAAAGAGCUUUCGAAAAGUUGCGACGCGGAAACAAAUCCCUCAGGCAGUUCUUUUGACAAAGAUUGACCUUCAAGACAAGGCUCUAGGACAGAAGCUAGAAAAAGUUUUUUCAAGCUCUGUAAUCGAGAAAACGGUUCAGGAAGUGUCCAGCAUGCUCGGCUUUCCAAAAAACCACGUGUUUCCGGUCAAGAACUACGAAGAUGAGAUGAUGUUGGAUGAUGGAGUGAAUAUACUAGCACUCAUGGCGUUGCAGCAGAUCCUUUACUUCUCUGAGGAUUACAUUGAAAAUGAGCGGUUUGAGUGGUUUGAAAGCCCUGACAAAGAGGAGAGGGUGAACGUCGAAGCGGGAUCGGAAUCUGCAUAAGGGUAUUCCUGUAAAUGUAUUUGAUACGCGUUAUUUGCAAUUCCGCUAAAUAUAUUUAUAAAUACAAACAUAUUUUUAAGAUAUAGUUUAAUCGUUCACUACUCGUUGCAAAUGUUAUUCUGUAUCAAACAUAUGCAUAUUCACACAUAUUUUCAUCGCAUAUUUAUUGCAAAUUUAUAUAGGGAAGCGAUAAAUUUGGAAUGCAUGUUUCAUAUUAAUAUAUUUAUAUCAUGUGCAUCCAAUAGGAAUCACUAGAGUAGCCAGAGUGAUUUGAGAUUAUGAUGUCAUUCAACGUACGUCAGAUAGACAAUACACAAUUGAUAUAUCGAACUAUAUGUGUUAGUUGUUUUGUCUUAUGUGCUUAUUACAUUAGCAAUGUUGUUUUUGGCAAUUGUUUUGUCUUUUGUGCUUAUUACAUUAGCUAUGUUGUUUUUUGCAAGUAACAUAAACAAAACUAUUUUUGUUGCAUUAAAAGGUCCCCCUCGCUGACGCAACUGGUGUGUCAAUGUGUUUAUCUUUGAUCGUAUGUCUUGGUAGCUUACAUGUUAAAGACAUUUCGUAUCCUGUGCAUUUUUCACAUUUUUAUUCAUGAUUGGUAUUGUGAAUAUUAGUCAUUAAAAAUGUAUUCGAAGAAGUAUCAUUGUAAGCAGGUAGUGCACGAAAUAAUUGCUAUUAUAUACCAUACAGUAUACAUGUAUAACGCAUUAUCAGGUUACGCUUGUAAUAUGUAAUGCAAAUUAUGUGUAAUCAACAUUGUUUAUAUUAUUAUUAUUGCGUGAAAGAGCAUCGUACAGUUUACUAUGUUUUAUUUACUUUUUUUCGUCCUUACUCCGGCAGUAGUUAUUCUGGUGCUCGGGUGCUUAUUAAACCAAUGAAUAAUUAACUGCAAUAAAUUCGCAUUCAAAUUAUUUUGUAUUGCUUUAGAUUUUGAAUAAAAGCAUUAUAAUCCAUU